AUGAGCGAAUAUGACUUAUUCAAGACCGGACCUCUGCGAUUCCGCAACUACAACCCGUCAGAACAUGACGAGUUCUUCCAUACUCUUUAUCAUAGUGAUCCCGAUAUCUCCACCUCCUUACGCCCAUCGAUUCCACGACCAGAAGACCGCGAAUUCACCUCAGCCCUCAGCAAAGAGCUCCUCGAAAAUGCCCUUUUAUUCGCCGUGAUCUAUGAUCCUGAUUCAUACGGCAUGGACUAUCCGCUGGGUACGGUGUUCUUCAGCUCUUCAAGCCCAGACAUGGCCCAUCACCGGUGCUCCGAGUUGAAGAUCACUUUUCCAGUCGAGCAUCGAGCCAUCUACGAGCCCCAGACAAUCGACUGGGCUCUUGCAUGGGCAUUCCAGGGCGCUGAUCUGUAUCGCGUGGAGGCGAAUCUUUCGGAUUCUCACGAAAGUCGAAUCCUCCUGUAUGAGACCAUGGGGUUCACCAAAGAGGGAACCAGGAGGGAGUGUUUCGUCGGCUUCCGCGGACGGUACAGCGAAGCGCGUAUGAGCAUUCUGCAGAACGAAUGGACGAGUGAGACGAGUAGUCCGUCCCCCCGAGAGCAAGCUGCCACGUCGAAUCGCAUUAGCUAUUGA